AUGAGCCUUACCUGUUACGCUACAUUCCAUGAAUCUCCCAAAGGCCCCGGUGACGCCCGUCGUACUGCUCGGCGUAUUAUCGAAGAUGAAGGCCUUGGCAAUGAGAAACUCAAGAAUAAAUCCAUUUUUAUUACUGGUGCAUCUUCUGGUAUUGGUGUGGAGAUCGCUAAAGCUAUAUUCUUAAUAGGAGCAACCCUGUUCUUGAAAGCACGCCACAUCGAAAAAGCGAAACAAGCUCUUGGGGAGGAGCUUACCGAAUCCUGCCGCGUUCACCUGCUUGAAAUACAUCUCGAUUCAUUUGAAAGUGUCCGCACUUAUGGGUUUGAGACUCAGUUUGGAACAAACCAGCUAGGACAUUUCCUAUUAUUUGCUCUCCUACAUGCAGCCUCUCGUGGAGCUAACGCCCGGGCUAUUUUUGUCUCUUCAUUGGGCCAUAGGUUUGGGAAUGUCAAUUUUCAUGACUAUAAUGUCGAAAGUGACGACAACGCCUAUGAUGCUUGGAAAGCAUAUGGCCAAAGUAAAACGGCCAAUCUGUGGACUGCAAACGAGGCAGACCGUAGAUACAGAUCUCAUAGACUAUGUGCUUUUAGUGUUCAUCCUGGGGGUGUCAUAGAAACGGGGCUGAUGCAAUUUACGUCCAAUGAAUGGAAGCAACAAGCAAUCACAAAUCCGGUGCUUGGGCCUCGCCUGAAAACCACAGAACAGGGUGCCGCUACCGUUGUAUGGGCAGCGUUAUCCAAGAGUUUGAAUGGCAUAGGUGGGAAAUAUUUGGAAGAAGUUCAAAUAGCAAAUCCUUGGAACUCUGAGGAUGGAGAUUGGGGACCUGGGUACGGGUCCCAUGCCUAUUGUCCGGAUAAAGAGCGAGAGUUAUGGGAGUUAUCGUUGAAAUUGGUUGGAUUUAAGGGAUAG